AUGGUGUCUUAUUUUGAGUCUAAAUUUAAUGGGGAAGAGCUUCCAAUUGACGAGCAUGACAUUAUCUCUACGGAGGAAAGUCAAAGAAUGGACGCGAUUCCUACUUAUGAUGAAAUAAAGGCUAUUGUUUAUGACCUUGAUGCUGAUAGUUCUCCAGGACCUAAUGGUUUCUCUAGAUGUUUUUAUAGAUAUUGUUGGGACGUGAUUCAACGAGACUUAUACAAUGCUAUUAUUUAUUGUUGGCAACAACAAAGGAUUCCUAAUGGGGUAAAUUCUAGUCUUCUGAUUUUAUUGGCCAAGGUUAGAAAUAUUCAUGAGAACAUCAGUGUGGCGUCGGAGAUGGUGAAUGAUCUGAAAACUAAGCGGAAAGAUGGCAAUGUGUGCCUACAGCUAGACAUUACUCAAUCUUUUGAUAGGCCCGUAUUUCUAUCCUCCUCAAUGGUAGUCCAGAUGGUUUUUUUUAAGAUUAAUAGAGGUCCGCGUCAAGGUGAUCCUUUGUCUCCUCUUAUCUUCGUGCUGAUUGAAGAUGUUCUUCAUAUAAACCUCACCAAGCUCUUUCUUGAGAAGAAAAUGACGCCAAUGCUUUCGAAAAAAGGUAUCUUGAAGAGUUUGCAUAAUAUUCUUACGUUGCUUGGUAAAUAUCAAUCGGCCUCGGGUCAAACAGUAUGUCGUCAAAAAAACAAGGUUUUUUAUGGAGGUGGAACCUUGAGUCGUUGUAGAACUAUCACGGAUUUACUUGGUAUGGAAGUCUCUACUUUCCCAGACAAAUAUUUAGGUGUUCAAAUUAUGCCUGGAGCUGUUAAAUAUCGUCAUAUAAGUAAUGUUAUUGAUAAAAUCAAGAAGCAACUUUCAGUUUGGAAAGGAAAAAUGCUUUGUUUUCAAGACCGUGUGGUUCUUAUUAACUCUAUGAUCGCUAGCUAUGACAUUCACAAUAUGGCUGUUUACAAAUGGCGAAGGAAGUUCAUUAUGCAAUGCGAGUGGGUUAUACGCAAUUUUCUUUGGUCCGGGGAUUCGGAAGUUGCGAGGAAGUUUGUGGUUGGUUUUGACAAAGUUUGCAGCCCUGUGAAGGAAGGUGGUUUGAGUAUUACUAGUAUGGCAGUUACAAAUAGGGCUCUUCUCAUGAAAUUUUGGUAUAGUAUUCGUUCUUCUAAUAAGAAGUGGGCGCGUUUCUUAUGGGCGAAAUAUACUACACAGACUGGUAGAAUUAAGCAAUAUGGUGUGAACUCUUCUAUCUUGCCUGGUGUUAGAUUGGUUCAUAAUAUUGUGGAUAGAAAUACGAAAGUGCUUCUUGGUGAUGGGCGAGCCACUUCUCUUUAUUAUGAUGUUUGGAAUGGUAAUGAAUGUAUUGCUGAUAUUCUUGGUGAUAAUGAGCUGGAUAGUACUGUCAUGGUAAGUACUUUUCUUUCUAACAAUGAAUGGCAGCUGCAAGGCGAUCAUAUUCAGAAUUUGCUUCGUGCGGGAGUGGAUUUGAAUAACUUACCAACGCCACAAGGAGGAGAUGAUCAUAGAGUCUGGAUGCCGGAGAUGAGAGGUAACUUUACUGUCAGUUCAGCAAAACAGCUAAUAAGGAAGAAGUAUAAUGUCUUGGACGUGUAUGGGCUGUUGUGGAGGAAGGUUAUACAUCCAAACUUAGCUGCACAAAAUCAGGAUCAGAUGCAGGGUCAAUCUUUCUAA